AUGUCCCCCCCAGCAUCAGCAGCGACGACCACCGAAAACAGCACCACCACCGUGUUCGAAGAGGACACCAGAGAAGAGCAAAAGCCCCUCAAACAGUCUCUGAGCAAGUCCUUGUGCAGAGAGAGUUUUUGGAAAUGCUUGAUUCUGUCCAUCCUCAUGUACGGCUGUAUGGGAGCCAUGGUGUGGUGUCAUGUGACCAAGGUGACCCGGCUCACCUUUGACAGUGCGUUCAAAGGAAAGUCUAUGAUGUACCAUGACAGCCCCUGCUCCGAUGGCUACAUCUACAUCCCUCUGGCUCUCCUGGGCAUGCUCUACCUGGUGUACCUGGUGGAGUGCUGGCACUGCCAUGUGAAAAAUGAACUUCAGCACAAAGUGGAUGUGGAGGGCAUCUAUGAACGCAUACAGAGAAUGCAGCAGGCCAAACCCUGUAUUUGGUGGAAGGCCAUAAGCUAUCACUACGUCCGACGGACUCGUCAAGUCACACGCUAUCGCAAUGGAGAUGCAUACACCAGCACCCAGGUGUACCAUGAACGUGUAAACACCCACGUGGCAGAGGCUGAGUUUGACUACAAUCACUGUGGUGUUAAAGAUGUUUCAAAACAGCUGGUGGGCCUAGAAAAGUCUGCUCUGACAAAGAUGCGUUUUACUAAGUGCUUUAGCUUUGCCAAUGUAGAAUCAGAGAACUCAUACCUUACACAGAGAGCAAGGUUUUUUACAGACAAUGAAGGGCUGGAUGACUACAUGGAGGCACGGGAGGGCAUGCACCUCAAGAACAUUGACCUGAAGGAGUAUGUACUAGUGUUAUCAGACCCAGAGCACCACCCCUGGUAUCUGUCCCAGUAUGUCUUCUGGUUUGCCUCUUUCCUCACCUUCUCAUGGCCCCUCAGAGUGUUCACUGAAUACCGCACUGCUUAUGUGCACUAUCGAGUGGAGAAGCUGUUUGGUCAUGACUAUGUCCCUGUGACCCCCUGUGAUGAGCGGCCAUACUGGCGCCGCAUCCCUCGCGUUAACACUAUAGAUAGCACUGAGCUGGAGUGGCACAUCCGGUCCAACCAGCAGCUGGUGCCAAGUUACUCUGAGGCUGGCCUCAUGGACUUGGCCACGUGCCCCUCCAGCUUCAGUGGGAUUCGUCAGAACUGUGAGCGCUGCCACAGAGCCAUCAGCUGCUCCUCAGUGUUCUCCAGGAGCGCCCUCAGCAUCUGCACUGGGGCCAGCUCCAGGAUCCCCUUCAGCAGCAGUCGCUUCUCUCUGGCCCGACGCUAUGGCUCCCAGCGCAGCUGCUUCUGGAGAAGCGGCAGCCUGGAUGACCCGGAGAGCCCCAGUGAGAACACACGCUGCCUGUCCGAGCGCCACGCCACAGACGAUGAAGAGCCGCCCGAAUAUGAGGACGCACUGUGUUACCCUGUGCUCAUUGUACACUGCAGUGAAAACUGCCACAGCCACAGGUCCUUCCAUAGAAACGGCUCCUGUGUAGAGACCUCUCUAUGA